CGUCGCCUCUUCGGCUGGUUGAGGAGGCCCUCGCCGCUUUUUUCAAUGUCGCCCGCCAGAGUGUGGACGGGGGUACGGGUUCUCCUCGUCGGAGAGUGGAGUGGAGGCUGGGCAGCCACAGGCCGGCCAGAGACGUGGCCCUUUGCGGCGUUCUGCUGGCCCGGCGCGGGGCGCCAGCUGCCCAGGCGAUGCCGGCCAGGCGAAUCUGUCGGCACGCCUCUGGGCCUGCAGGUGCUUUUUUUGAAAGAUUCGAGGAAGAAAAAAAGAUAUCUCGCCGAGCAACGAGGCGCACCUCCUACUAUAAUGAGCCAGGCAGAUUUCUGCGAGAAGCUUCGCCGCUCGGAUGCGUUUGGCCACUCAGGGUAGGGGUCGGUGGGUUCAUGUGAGGGGGAGAAGGACCAGGCGAGAUCGUGCUCCGAGGCAGCACAUUCAGGGCUGGCACGAGCCUGGCAGCGGCGGCUGGUUGCAGGCGCACGGGUCAGGCUGGCGACCGCCGCGCCGCAGACUUCUGCCUCUCUUCUUUUCUCUCUCCUUCUCCCUCUCUUUCUUGCUCCCUGUCUCUUGCUCCCUGCCGCCUCUCGCGGAUCCUGCGUCGGAGGGGCCUCUCCUGAAGGUUUACCCGGUGCCGGAGGACGCGGGCUGUGCUCGCUCUCCAGGUGUCUUCUGCGUCGGAGCCGCAGGCUGCGAUGCUCCCACUGCUGCUCACGAACGAUGUCCUCAAGCGACAGUGCUACAGGGCCCUGCAGGUUCCGACGGCCGCUCCCCUCCAGCUAUCAUAGAGGGUGGACGCUGGCAUCUAACGCCGCGAGCCAUGGUCGGGAACUUCGGCCGUGUCUCUCCGCCGCUUCUCGUCCCGGCGCGACGUGCCAGCCACGUCCCAGCUUCCAGGCGUGCUUCUCCUGGCCUGCCGCCCCGCGGAGCAGAGCGACGGGCUAUCCUCUCGC